AUGUUUGCUUGUUUAGGUUUGUCACUUGCCAUCUUCUAUGUUGUUGAAUCGAAUCGAUACGCUGAGCAACUGUAUGAGGAUUUACUCUAUUACUAUAACAAAAAUGUGCGACCGGAUGAAGUGAAUCAGGUUUUGACGACAAAUUUAUGGCUGGAAAUGCAAUGGUUUGACUACAAACUUUCUUGGGAUCCUGCACGAUGGGGUGGCAUCAGAAAGCUACAUAUACCUUCAGAUCAGAUAUGGAUCCCCGAUAUUUUGCUGUAUAACAAUGCGGACGGAGAGCCUCACAUUAGCAUUUUGAGUGAUGCUCUCGUCUAUCACAAUGGUCUUAUUGUUUGGAAACCUCCAAGCAUCUACAAAUCCUUUUGUCCAAUCAACAUUGAGUAUUUCCCCUAUGAUUCUCAAUCAUGUACGCUCAAAUUUGGUGGUUGGAAAUGGGAUCUAAUGUCACUGACAUCGCAACGUCACGAGCAAUUGUAUCCUGGAUGUUGUGGUCAGGAUUUCUAUAUCGAUGUCACUUUCGACAUCAGCCUGCGAAGAAAGACAUUGUUUUACACUGUGAACUUAGUGAUACCCUGUAUGCUUAUAGGCUAUAUUGCCAAAGUUAACUUUGCUUGUAAAGAACACUUUUCAGCGAUAUUGACCACAUUCGUAUUCUAUAUUCCUCCCAUCGAGCACAAGAUGACGUUCUCUAUCUCUAUUCUUGUAUCGCUCACUGUAUUUUAUUUGGUUCUAAUCGAACUUAUUCCACCAACCUCACUAGUGCUCCCAUUGAUAGGCCGAUAUCUCUUAUUCACCAUGUUUCUUGUAGCGAUUUCUAUCUUCCUAUCGGUUCUUUCUCUUAAUUACUACCGGAGGGACGGCUCGGCGCAUCCAAUGCCGCACUGGAUACAAGUUGUAUUUGUAGAAACAUUGCCUAAAUAUAUAGGAAUCAAAAAAGCAGAGGAGGAGGAGGUCAGCGAUCGCGGGAGCAGUACAACAGACGUGGGCCAAUUUCUGGAUUCCUCCCGUCGACCUUCACCCUAUUUCUUAACUGUGCCAGCAGGUAUGAAUGAAGAGGAAAAGAAUAAAACCAGGGGAGAACUGAAUAAGAUGAGAUUAUCACAAUUGGCACACCUUCGAGGGCUACAUCCAGAUUUGAUAAGGAGAAUGAUUGACAAUGUGUCGUUCAUUGCCGACCAUUUUCGUGCCAUGAAGAAAGAAGAUAAGAGAGCUUUGGCUAUAGAAAAUCGUUCCGAUUUCUAUUGCGCCGAGCCUCCAUUAAAAAUAAUUCUUAUUGAGAUACUUUUAUCUAAUCAGAUAUCCUCCGACUGGUCGUAUGUUGCCAAUGUUAUUGACAGAUUGGUACUUAUCAUCUUCACCAUGGUGAAUCUUGUUGGAACGAUUCUCAUCAUUCAAAACUCUCCCAUGUUGUUCGACCACACACAGCCUAUGAAAAUCGUAUGUUUUUAUGAGGAUAUAUAG